AGAAAAGAUUCCAUAAAAAGAGCGAAUCUUCAGAGCCGCUUAACUCUAGGUCGUGCUUUCUACAUCGGAUCGAGCGGAGAGAAGAAGCAGACGAGGAUAAUUCCGAACCCUACGGUGAGAGAUCGAAGUAGUAGAGAGCUUCAUCAAUGGCGGAGGAUCUGGUUCUAGACACGGCUAUCAGAGACUGGGUUCUCAUCCCUCUCUCCGUCGUCAUGGUCCUCAUCGGCGUUCUCCGCUAUUUCGUCGCCAAGCUCAUGCGUUCUUCUCAGCCUCCCGACCCUAAGGUUGUCAAAGAAGGGCAAGUUAUUCUUAGGGCUCGGAAUCUGAAGGCUGGUGCCAAUUUUAUCCCUCUCAAAUCGUUCCGAGCCCGGAGAUUCUAUUUCAGCAACGAGGAGAAUGGUUUACUACAUGUUCCUAAGGGCCAAGCUCAAAAUCCGCAAGCCCAGAUGUUUUCUGAUCCUAACAUGGCCACAGACAUGAUGAAGAAAAACCUUUCGAUGAUUAUACCACAGACGCUCACUUUUGCCUGGGUCAACUUCUUCUUCUCUGGAUUUGUUGCAGCAAAAAUACCGUUCCCAUUGACUCAGAGGUUCAGGUCAAUGUUACAGAAUGGGAUCGACUUGAGCACUGUCGAUGUUAGCUAUGUGAGCAGCCGUUCAUGGUACUUCCUCAACUUGUUCGGAUUGAGAGGUUUAUUCAGUCUCAUUCUUGGAGAUGAAAAUGCUAUUGAUGACACUCAACGGAUGAUGCAAAUGGGCGGAUUUGGGUUCGAUCCCAGUAAGAACCUGAGCGCCGAGAAGGAUGGCCUCGACAUAAUUCAGCAUGAGUGGGCUCUCCCCACGUUCGAGCAGCGUGCAGAAUCGGUGUUGAGAAAACUCGUCAGCUGAAGGAACAUGAUUUCCUGUAUCGGGUAAACUUAGAACAGUACAAUUCAUUUCGAGUUUUUUGAUAUUGCUCACUUGAAUUCAACCAUCUGCCUCUUUGUUCAUGUUAAAAACUCCCCCAAGUUUGCAGAAACUCCAACAUGAAAUGGAAUCUGAUCUUAGCUUCUUAAUUCUGGUA